AUGGCCUCGCUGGACCUGCCGUACCGCUGCCCCCGCUGCGGGGAGCACAAGCGCUUCCGGAGCCUGUCGUCGCUGCGCGCGCACCUGGAGUACAGCCACACGUACGAGACGCUCUACAUCCUCUCCAAGACCAACAGCAUCUGCGACGGCGCCGCGGCCGCUGCAGCCGCCGCUGCCGCCGCCUCGGGCUUCCCGCUGACGCCCGAGCCCGCCGCCCUGCUGGCGGUGCCCGGCGCCCGGCGCGAGGUCUUCGAGAGCACGUCCUUCCAGGGCAAGGAGCAGGCGGCCGGGCCGUCGCCCGCUACGCCGCACCUGCUGCACCACCAUCACCACCACGCGCCCCUCGCCCACUUCGCCGGCGACCUGGUUCCCGCCAGCCUGCCCUGCGAGGAGCUGGCUGAGCCCGGCCUCGUGCCCGCAGCCGCCGCGCGCUACGCGCUGAGAGAGAUCGAAAUCCCGCUGGGGGAGCUGUUCGCCCGCAAGUCCGUGGCCUCCUCGGCUUGCUCGACGCCGCCGCCCGGGCCGGGACCCGGGCCCGCCUCCGCCUCCCCCGCGUCCCCCUCACCCGCUGAUGUGGCUUACGAGGAGGGCCUGGCGCGCCUCAAGAUCCGUGCGCUGGAGAAGCUGGAGGUCGACCGGCGGCUGGAGAGGCUGAGCGAAGAGGUGGAGCAGAAGAUCGCAGGCCAGGUGGGUCGGCUGCAAGCCGAGCUGGAACGCAAGGCGGCAGAGCUGGAGACGGCGCGACAGGAGAGUGCGCGGCUGGGGCGCGAGAAGGAGGAGCUGGAGGAGCGUGCUUCCGAGCUCUCGCGCCAGGUGGACGUGAGUGUGGAGCUGCUCGCCUCACUCAAGCAGGACCUGGUGCACAAGGAACAGGAGCUGAGCCGCAAGCAGCAGGAGGUGGUACAGAUCGACCAGUUCCUGAAGGAGACGGCGGCGCGGGAGGCCAGCGCCAAGCUGCGGCUGCAGCAGUUCAUCGAGGAGCUGCUCGAGCGGGCUGACCGGGCCGAGCGGCAGCUGCAGGUCAUCAGCAGCAGCUGUGGCAGCACACCCAGCGCCAGCCUGGGCCGUGGAGCGGGGGGAAGCGGUGCCGGGCCCGGCCCCCGGGGUCCAGGCAGAAUGCGAGAACACCACGCGGGCCCGGCCAUGCCUAGCACAUACGCCGUGUCAAGGCAUGGCUCCUCUCCCAGCACAGGGGCCUCCAGCCGUGUCCCUGCUGCAUCCCAGAGCUCAGGCUGCUAUGACAGUGACAGUCUGGAGCUACCCCGGCCAGAAGAGGGGGCCCCCGAGGACAGUGGCCCUGGGGGCUUGAGCACACGGGCCCAGGCUGCCAACGGCGGCUCGGAGCGUACCCAGCCCCCUCGCAGCUCAGGCCUGCGGCGCCAGGCCAUCCAGAACUGGCAGCGCAGACCCCGCCGACACAGCACGGAGGGGGAGGAGGGUGAUGUCUCGGACGUGGGCUCCCGAACCACGGAGUCAGAGGCUGAGGGCCCCUCAGAUGCCCCCCGCUCUGGGCCUGCUAUGGCCGGGCCACUGAGCAGCUGCCGGCUCUCAGCCCGCCCCGAGGGAGGCAGUGGGCGGGGUCGGCGAGCUGAGAGGGGCAGCCCCUCACGCUCCAACGAGGUCAUCAGCCCAGAGAUCCUCAAGAUGCGAGCCGCCCUGUUCUGCAUCUUCACCUAUCUGGACACACGCACGCUGCUGCACGCUGCCGAGGUCUGCCGGGACUGGCGCUUUGUGGCUCGUCACCCCGCGGUCUGGACACGGGUGCUGCUGGAGAAUGCCCGCGUCUGUUCCAAGUUCCUGGCGAUGCUGGCUCAGUGGUGCACCCAGGCCCACUCGCUGACGCUGCAGAACCUGAAGCCCCGGCAGCGGGGCAAGAAGGAGAGCAAGGAAGAAUAUGCCCGGAGCACCCGAGGCUGCCUGGAAGCAGGGCUGGAGUCCCUGUUGAAGGCCGCUGGGGGGAACCUGCUGAUCCUGCGCAUCUCCCACUGUCCCAACAUCCUCACUGACCGCUCACUCUGGCUGGCCAGCUGCUACUGCCGUGCCCUGCAGGCCGUCACCUACAGGAGUGCCACAGACCCCGUGGGCCACGAGGUCAUUUGGGCUCUGGGUGCAGGCUGCAGAGAGAUUGUCUCCCUCCAGGUGGCGCCACUUCACCCUUGCCAGCAGCCCACGCGCUUCAGUAACCGCUGCCUGCAGAUGAUCGGCCGCUGUUGGCCCCACCUUCGGGCCCUGGGGGUUGGGGGCGCUGGCUGUGGGGUGCAGGGCCUGGCAUCACUUGCAAGAAACUGCAUGCGGCUGCAGGUCCUGGAGCUGGACCAUGUGUCGGAGAUCACCCAGGAGGUGGCAGCUGAGGUCUGCCGGGAAGGCCUGAAGGGACUGGAGAUGUUGGUGCUCACAGCCACCCCCGUCACCCCCAAGGCCCUGCUGCAUUUCAACAGCAUUUGCCGGAACCUCAAGUCCAUCGUGGUCCAGAUUGGGAUUGCUGAUUAUUUCAAAGAGCCCAGCAGUCCUGAGGCCCAGAAGCUGUUUGAGGACAUGGUGACAAAACUCCAGGCCCUACGACGGAGGCCCGGCUUCUCUAAGAUCCUGCACAUCAAGGUGGACGGCGGCUGCUAACCCGGGGUGGGGGGCGGCAGGGCCCCUGCCGGCCCCACACCAGGGCACUCUCUUUGGACCUCCAGAGGGACCCUGAUUUGGACUAGACCUUCGGAGGCCUUGUGUUAUCCCUAGCUUCCAGGGAGGGGUUGACAGUUUCCUGUCCUCCUCUUGGGACAGCGGAACAACGGGCCUGAUGUCGGGCACUGGUUCUUCAGGGCAGGGGCUUGGACAGAAGCUGCCCUCCGACCCCCACUCCACCCCCAACUGGAGCAGCCUUCUGGGCACAGCCAGGAAGGAGCUGAGUCACCACCAGCACCCGGUGUCAUCGCCCCGAGGACGUGCCAUAAUCACUGAGUGGCUCCUCGGCUGCUUGGGUUGCUGGGGCAGGCCUCCCCUUGUCAGGGGCCUCUGCUAGUCCCCAGGCCAGACGGGGCUCCCCAAAGCAGCUCAGACUUGGCAAGAAGGGCUCUUUUCCUCCCCCUGCCCUGUUCCAGCCCUCUGUGGGGCACCCCCAUCAGAUAGCCUGCCGAGGCUCUGGGUCCACAUUCUCCAGGGAUAACACAGACAGGCCUUGGGGGUCUGGGAAUGUGGUCAGCCAAAAGUGGGGGGUAGGGGGCAGUGAGGUAGUGGAAUGGGCUUGGAAUGGCAAAACAUUCAUCUAGAACUUUUCCCCAGGAUACUGAAACUACCACUCCCAAAGUGGGGAAAUUGCCAAGUAGAGAAAACUUAGUUUUUAUUGCUGUAGAAACAAGACCCCUCCUCCCAACAACCACAUACCCCCAUGGCACACCAGAGCUAAAUUCAGAGCUAAA